AUGGCGAGCUAUGUCAAACCCAGCCCCCUCCCUCCCAUCAACCGAUACAUUACAACCAAUUCGGAAACAGGCACAGCACUCCUGGACGCUACCAUCUCCAACACAGCCUCAUGGACCAGCGCCGGUGUAGCCAAUUUCUUUCUUGGCUACUGCACGUCUGCCAACCCCGUCUCAUUUAAAGCCGACGCCGACAUUAAAGCCUAUAGCAAGUAUCUUGCUGAGCCUCCUGGCCUUGUCGUCCCCAAUGGCACCGUCCUUCGCGUCGUCGACAUGAUGCCAGGUGAGCUAUCGCCUAUGCACCGAACCACCAGCUUGGACUACGGAGUCGUGCUAGAGGGCGAGGUCGAGUUGAUUCUAGACGGAGGCGAGAAGAGAGUCAUGAAGCGAGGGGAUAUUUGUGUGCAGAGAGGUACGAACCACGCCUGGAGGAAUUGCAGCAAUACGGAGUGGUCAAGGAUGUUGUAUGUUUUGACGGAGGCGUCACCGGUAGAAUUAGAGGAUGGAAACAAGUUGGAGGAAGAUUUGGGGGGCAUGGUAGGGGUGAGAAAGAGUGCCUAG